CAUUUUCCUAAUAAGACCUGCUCACGCAGCACUUUCAAUCCUCUCCUGAUUAUUGAAUCUUGUCUUACGCUCAACGAAUUGUGACGUUUCCCUCUUGGCUAAUUCAUUUACCACAACCAAAUACAUCAUGACGACCAACAUCACCGUACCAGACGAUUGGAACAAGAAGGCCACGGCCACAGACUACACCUCCCCUGUCGCCGAGGACAAGCGAGCAGAAGAGGACGAAGAAUCCUCCUUGUUCAGGAGAGUCUACUCAAGCGAUGGCACCAUUGUUUGGUACCUCAUCGCCCACCGCCGCGCAACGCUCCUGCCACCAAACCAUCCUGAGUGGCCCGCCUACGUGGACGACGACCCUCAGGCGCUGGAAUACGAUGAAGACGUCGAGACUCUGAAAAACGACCCGCCAAUCGUUCCCGACGCUGCAAAUCGCUACGACAAAUCUAGCGUCGUGGUGACAGGCCUCCAGGAGGCCACGCAGACAACGCGUAUAGUCCUCAGGAAGGAAGCUACUACCGUCAAACAAGUCUUCAUCCAGGCCGAGGAUCUGCUGGUUUAUCGAGGGAGUCAUUUCCGCUACGAAAAUUGUGAUCUGACCGUCUUCGCGAAGCGCAUCAUCGUUGUUCCGAGAGCAGGCGAGCCAACGUACACCGAGGCAACGCCAAACGAGGAGAAGUUUGUGCUGUUUGACUGUUCGGGAUCCGAGGGCGCUCGUCAAAAGCAGCCAGAGACCCCGCAGCAGGCCGCGAAUGCUUCAUGGAGUGACUGGGGACCGCACGAAAAUGCCAAAGCUGGCACAGCCGGCAAAGUGGGCAAGGCCGGAAAUCCGGGCGGAAAGGGAAAUUCCAUCAACUUCUGUGCGGCCGACAUCAUGGGCGUGGUGAAGCCGGGAUUCGACCUUUCGCCCAUCACUGUCUGGUUUAAUUGUCGUGGAGGCAAGGGUGGACUAGGUCAGCCGGGAGGGAAUGGUGGUAAGGGCGGCAACGGUAUCCGACACAGCAUUGGAAGUGGCUCGACUCCGACCUUUGGACUUGAGGACGUCGUGAACGGAGCGGACGGAGGCGCGGGGGCAGACGGCGGUGCUGGGGGCCAAGGCGGCGCCGGAGGCGACAGCUUCGUUCGUUUCUACACCAGAGACCGGUUCCAUUAUGGCAAUCGUUUCACCGGGCUCAACCCAUACAAGGAGAACCGUCCGGGGCCUAAUAACUGGUCUGGCGAUAAUGGCAUCGGCGGCGACGGCGGCGACUACGGCUACGCGAAUAUCCCGGGCUACACGAUACCAAGAGGCCAAUGGGUUCCUCCUAGAACGGUCACUGGCAAAAGCGGAAACGGCGCUAGUCAGGCUUUGAAGAAGUUGACGAUUGACAACACUCUUUCGGCGGACCAUCCGGCAGGAACUGCGACAGCCGCUGCUCACACGAAAAUUGGGACAUUCGCCAUGCUGCUCAAUCCGCUCUUUCUGCAUAUGCUUGUUCAAAGAUUGUCCUUCGAGUAUGAUGUGCUGUUUGGAAGCUACUUCGAUACCUUGUCCGACAAGCACAAAUCGAUCCAGCGACUUCGCUUCGACCGCAGUCUAGCUUGGGUCAAAUCGCUCUGCGAAAGCGUGUUGGAGUUUAUGGACUCGGACAAGCUUGUUCAAGGCACAGAAGACCUGAAGUUCUAUCUCGAACCUGAUAUCGCCGAUAUGAAGGAGCCUUACAAGACAAAGUUCCUGGCUUGCGAGAAGCACUUCCGCGAAGAGGCGACAAGAGACAGCCGCUGGACCAACUCGGGAGCAUCCCGCGCCGUAAUGAAGCUGGCCUGGCAAAAAUCUUUCGACUAUAUUCCAGAUCUCAGCUUCUCAUUGACUACGCUACACACGGCAGUAACGGAGCUGAACAGCGUCGAAAAGACUCGAAGCGAGGACGCGAAAUAUCUGAAGACACUUGACAACAAAGCCACCGACGUGAGCGCGAGGCUCCAAGCAUACGGACGGACCAUCGCCAGCAUCGAUACGCGACGUGACCAGGCCGUCAAGGACAUCAACGCAGCAGUCAUUGAUAUCAGAGCUGCGCAAAUACGGGUCACAGACGCUAUCAAGAACUGCAACACCGAGGUAGAAGCUCUGGCAUUUGCGAAGCCUGCCAUCUUCACCUGCGAUGGUAUAGUCAAGGUCCUUGGCGCCGUGGCUACCUGCCUCAUGUUCACGCCAGAGGCAAAAGGUAUCGUAUUGGCAGGAAAUAUCCUUUCCGUGGGCUCAACUGCCUAUGAUUUGUUCUCGACGGUCAAGACGAGCGGCGGAACUGUCGACGGAGCCGUGCUUUCCGCAAACGUCAAACGCAUUGCCGAUGAUGUCCAUGGAGAUGCCUUGAUCAGUGCCGUGGGAGCAGCAUCGAGCCGCACGGCAGCAGAAGAUGGCGACAAGGAUGUCGUCAAGACGGUCUUGACGCUCAAAUCUAGCUUUGAUCAGCUUCGCUCCCAGUACUUCCCAGGGGAGGAUGGGGACAAAGCCAAUCUCGCGUUUGACCUUCUCGUUGCUGAGGCGCAGAAGCUCAACACCGCGGUGUUGACGUACAAACGAGCUGUUUUGACAGGCGCCCAGAUCGAAGUGUUCAAUACGCAGCUUAAAAUUGCGUCGGCGGAUUUGCUGGGCAUGACGCCCUCGGUCCCGGGCGUCAAGCUUCAGAUCUUCGUCCAGCUCUACGAUCAGGCGUAUAAUUGGCAGAAGGCUCGUGUGGUGAAGAGCUACCUCGAUGCCAUUAGGGUCAUUGGCGCGCUGAAACUGGAGGCUCCAACGAUUUCAAAGUCGAUCAUCGAUCUUGGGACGUGGGAUAAUUUCACUGGCAAAUUGUUCAACGAGGUCAUUCUGCCGCAGCUUUGGGCCGAGAACGAUAAUAUGCGGCGAUUCAACGAUACGUAUACGUUGACGGCUUCGCCAUAUGUUCACACUAUCAACAAGACUUCUCAUCCUGAUGUUUUUGGCCUCAAGCUCGAUAGCGGCAAGCUUGUUCCAAUCACAAACAAGGACGGCAAGGCGAAAGGACUCCAACCUUUCAACCUCUUCAUUGACUCGACGAACUGCGAGGAUAUCCUUGGCAUACCUAUUGAUGACAUUGCUGAUGUCCGCUUGAAGCAAGCGACCGUUGUUCUGAAAGGCGCUCGACUACCAAAGGAUAAGGAGCAAGCGAAUGACAGCAACCAGAUCUUGCUCCAUGUCGACUUUCCGGCUGGAUUCUGGGUCACGAAAGGCAUCAAACAGAAAGUCAUCGAUCCAGACACCCAACAAGAAACCGAAGAAGAGGUCGAGUAUUUUUUCAAGAAGGCGCCGAUCGAGAGGAACGUCACGUACACCUACGAUUUCAGCGAUGCGACGAAAACAAAAGUCACGUCUCACGCUUCGGCGCAAUUCGUGACACUAGACGAAGACAAGAAGAUUGAACGGCCGCUUUUGAGUCCGUUGACUGAGUGGUCUGUGUCGUGGAACACGGCGUACGAUGUCUCGAACGUGGAGGAGAUCGAGUUCACGUCUGAGAUUAUCUUCCGGUCUCGACUCGAUCACGAGCCUCAUGUUACCACCGCUAGGGCCUACUCUGCACGAACUAUCAACAAGAGGGCAGUCAUGGCAGCGUCGUCAACGCAUCAUCGUCGCCGCCAUGACAUUCCCAGUAUACCAAUUCACCUUUUCGCGGCGGAUGAUCCGGUCCCAGCGCCAGCGAUGGGCACGCUGGCGACGAUAUAUGAUCCGUUCUCAGGCUACGACGAGACCAUCUUUGGGGAUAAGUCGUCUUACAACUUCGCCUUAAGCAUUGAUAAUAUGCGGACAUAUCGCCGAAGCGAUGCCUUUGGUCGCGCUACAACGGGCCUGAUGAAGUGGUUGGUACCAUAUCAUUUCACAAAUGAACGAACAUUGGACGGCCGUGCAUUCCGAUCCUUUUCAUCGUUCGGAAGUGAUCCAAGCUCAAGGGGAGACAUGUUCAAUAAGACCACCUCGUCGGAUUAUGCGACUGGUGUAACGACAUGGCAUCGAGUUGUGAGAGAGCAGUUCGGAAACCUUCCCGACAGCGAACGCGAUUCGACUUUUCUAUCUGAUUGGACGGCAAAGGACUAUCAUAGCUCGAUUGCAGCUGGUAGAGUCACGAUGUCCGAUGCCAACGCCGGGAUGCUCAAAGGUACCCUUUCACAAGCUCAGCUCGAAGCACUUGCCGUCGUUCGCAUCAAGUCAAUCCCUGUUGGCGCGACGUUCAUUACGCCGGUGCAUAGUAUGGAACUGAUGAAACGCAUCACGCCUAUUGGGAAGUUCAUUUAUCUCUGGCAGAACCAUGAGAAGAUCCAACAGGAUGAGAAGCUGUGGCUUGAGAAGGGGUUGCCUGUCAGCGGGUCGAUGGUUCGUCUUGGGUACUCUGGGUUGGUUCGCAUCGGAAACGUCAAGCAUAUCAAGGACGUGAAUGGCUGGAACUCCUUGUCGAUUCCGGCUAUGACGUCGAGCUGGCACUUCUUGACCGGCGGCAAUGACUGGGGCAUGUUUUGGAACUCGAACAGAGUCAACGAGGUGUACUUUACGAAUUACAUGGAGGGAAAGUCGCCGUUACGUGCUGCAGACAAGGUCAAUAAUUUUGGAGGCACGGCACUCAUGGCGCGCUCGAUGACGAAUUUCGAACUUAACCUUGAAGCUCAUCGCACGGGGAAGACGGUUGCAGAAGUCUUGAAGACCAAGGACGCGGCGUUUCAAGCGGCGUAUUCGCGGAGUAUGAAGUGGUGGACUUAUCUGGAUGUCGCGGGCGUUGCUGGCGCCGCGGCGCGAUCACUCACAGGCUCGAAUAUGAAUGCGGAACGACUCAAUAUCCCGAUGGAGGUGCCUUUUUACAAGUAUAUCGAUCAGAUGAAGCUUGAAGCCGACUUGAAGAACAAAUCACCCGAAGACGUCAUGAAAGAUGCAGUCACGAACGCCGCAACAAUUGAAAAAGUCCCCAUCGAUUCCGCAGGUCUUACAGUGGAAAAAGAAGGUCGACGCAUCAGCGUUCUCGACGGCUCACUUCCUGGUCUAGUCUCUUCAGAUGGCCUCGCAACUCUCGGAGUCCCAGAAAAAGAUUUAGCGCUUGCGCGAAAGAAGACAAUCCAUAUGAUGAGCACUGCCUUUUCCGACGACGCCAUUCGCGGCGCGUUCCACACCGAGAUGCAAACACUCAUCGAUGACAAGCAGAAAGAAUUCCAAGCCCUGGACGCCGAGGAAUUAAAGAAUAACCCAAGCAUCGAUGCAUCGAAGUUCAAAGAACAAACCUCACCAGCCGACAUGAUCGAAAGGAUUCAGAACGACCCUGGCUUCAUUGCCCGCGCGGCUCGAAUCACAAACGAAAAAAUCGCCUCGCAGUUUCAGUCCCAGCUUGUAAAUGAGCUUUCCUCAUCCGUCAAACUCGCAUCGACGCUUCCAGACCGGCAGAAAUCCCGCGCCAUCACUCGUCUCGCGGACCAUGUCGUCGUCAACGAAGUCCAAUCCCGGUUGCAAGAACCAAACGGCGUCGUAAGAUCCUAUCUCCGCUCCUCUCUAAUUCGCAAGACAAUCGACACCUCAACCUUCACAAUGGCCGACGCCGUCUCCAUAAUCUCACGCUUGAACACUCAAUCGCAACAGCAACAAGCAGAUUGGAAACGAGAGCAAGGCGUCUUGAGUGCCAUUAAACCUGAAGAUUUGGAUGCGUUGGAAAGGCAGAGAUUGAAAGUCGAGGAUGCGAAGAGGGAAUUUGAGGAGACACAGGCGAGGAAGGAGAGUUGGGAACGGGCGAAGGAGUAUGGGAAUGAGGGGAAGGGGGGGAAGGAGGAUAAGAAGCUGGAGGCGGAGGAGAAGACGGUGGAGAAGAAGGUGGAGAAUGUGAAGCCAUAG